UCAUGUAUCAAAGCGCUUCGUGCCGCACGCGCAACGCGCUCAAAUUCGACGAGGUUUUCACUUGUCGUUUCGAAGUUGCUUUGGCGGUUUGCGCGAGCUUCGCGCCAAUUGUGCCGGGCUCUUGUCCGCGUCCGCGACCAAAGAACUGUCAAUCUCACGUUACUUCUCCACCGCUGCGGGCGAUCUUUCGUUCGUAUGAUGAACCGGGCGGAGAGUACCUCUAGGCCGGGCAGCAGUAACGCCAGCAACGUCAUGUAUACCCCGCGUACGCCGCGAAUGCGCGAGCGACAACGGUUCAGCUUGGGUAUCAUGCCGGAGGAGGACAAUACAGACAUACUGGAAGACUUGGCAGGCCAAACGUGGAACAUUUACGCGGCAUCCGCUUUGUUUGACUUUCAGCGGGAUGACGUCCAUCUCAAGCUGUACGCAAAGAAAUUAAGAGAAGAGGUUGCGAGCACCUUGUCACACGAAAAUGUGACUUACGACGCCAAGUUUUCUGUUACGCAAAAUUUAGGGUCUUCAUCGAAUCACGAGGACUAUCUAGCGCUCGGGAUUCAAGUAGUAGCUAAAACCAGUGGUCCUGAGAAAGAAGUGGAGAAACUCAUUUAUAAAGGGUUAUUAUUAUCUUGGAGGAUGCAGUCGACUGAGUCGAGUAUACAGAAUUCCAUAAAAUUGCCUCUUCUGUUAUGUCGUGGCACCCGCAACUGUAUGGAUGCGGUGAAUGCCAUCAUCAGUCGUAUGUUCGACUGUUCGGUAGUUGCACUAUCAGCUAACGAGGAUGACUUGAGCUGGCUGAUUCCUAUUAUAAUUAUGUCAACCGACAAAGAGGAGCAGUCAAUAAUUUCUGGUGAAGUCCAAAUGCAAUACACGGUGCCAGAAUUACCAAUAUCGGAUACCAUUACAGUUAAAUUUCACACCGAAGACCUGAAAAAAAUAUUAUCGGUCAUUAUUAAAGAUCAAGAUACCAACGUUAAUGUAUCCCUUGAUCGUGAAGACAUAGAAACGUUUUAUGAAGUGUUGCACAAGCAAAUGUUAAUAGAAGGAGGUUUGAAGUUGGGAUUAUGUACGCUGCAUAGAAUUAAUCUGCCUGGAAUAUCAAUAAUGGAGAAUAAAAUGAAAGUAACGAAAGCAGAUGUUAUGAACAAUAUAUUAGUGUACUUCAGUGAUAAAGCUAUUGAUACAUUUUAUGCAGUUGAUAUAUAAACUUUUCUUACUGUAAUAUUGUGCGAGAUGAAUGACAUGUAGUUAAAAUACAAUAACAGUUGUUGUAA